AUGCCAGCAGUUUCAGCCCAGACAAUUCUCGGCUCGACGGUUGCCUGCUCAUUCAUUCUGCUAGGAAACGCUAUCACCCAGUCUUACAUGGGCAUUCCCGCCCUCAUUUUAGACCUGCCCCCUCCAUCCGACCCUGAGCACCCGAAGGCAGUUCGCCGUCUUGCUCGUCAAUGGACUGUUUACUUUCGCGUCGGCAACAUCUUCUUCCGGCCAAUUAGCACCCUUGGCAUUGCCGGGUACGGCUACGUCAGCUGGCUAGUUAGCCGUGCUUCGGGCUCUCAAAGUGGCGGUCUCCUUGGUGCUGCUGACUGGAAAGUCUUUGCUCUGGCUGCUGGCUGCCACCUUGUUACUGUCAUACACUCAGCCUUGAAUAUGCAGCCCCUGAAUAGAAAAAUCAUGGAGCUCGCAGCAUACCACAAGCAAGGGGACCAGAAAGAGGAGGUGAAGGCAGAGGAGUUUGCGAAGAGGUGGGCAAGACUGAAUCUUUUGAGGUUGGCAAUGCCUUUGAUUGCAGGCUCGGCCGCCAUGUGGGAAGCUCUUCGCCACCUUUGA